AUGGCUUCCAUGGUGUCACCGACCACUUGCUUAUACCUCCAUAAACGCCGGUUAAAGCUUCCCUCACAUGGUCUUCUUCGUAUAACCGCUUCGAUCCCAGACUCUUCAGAUGAGAAACAUCCCAAGUUAACCACUCGAAGAGAGAUGAUUCUUAGGAGCAGUGAACUAGCUAUGAUCGGAGCCAUUUUCCAGCUCAGUGGGAAGAAACCAGAUUAUCUUGGAGUACAGAAGAACGAGAGGUUAGCUCUAUGUCCUGCUACAAACAACUGUAUAUCUACUUCGGAGAGUGUCAGCGAUCGUGUCCACUAUGCUCCACCAUGGAACUAUAACGGUGGAAGGAAAGCGCCUGUGAGCAGAGAAGCUGCAAUGAAAGAGCUUAUCAAUGUGAUUAAGUCGACGAAACCAGACAAGUUUACUCCUCGGAUUGUGGAGAAGAAGGAUGACUAUGUUCAUGUGGAGUAUGAAAGUCCUAUCUUAGGUUUGGUAGAUGAUGUUGAGUUCUUGUUCUCUCCUGGGAAGAACUCGACAGUGGAGUAUCGAUCUGCAUCACGUAAAGGCAACUUCGACUUUGAUGUGAACAGAAAGCGAAUCAAGGCAUUGCGACAGGAGCUGGAGAAGAAGGGAUGGGAAUCAGAGAACAGCUUCUGA